AUGGGUGCCGUCAAUGCCCAGAACAUACCUUCUGGAGCUGUUUCUUCCCAUGUUGCUUCUGCUGGCUUUCCGACCUCGGUCUUCUCAUCUUACUGGAUCAAGCCUGUCGCUACAGCAGAGCCUCAGCCUGCUUUAUAUGAUCCAGUCCUGAACAUUACCUUCCCAUUGAAUCUGACUUCUCCCAACACCAUCCCGCAGGAAGAUAAUGAUCCGGUCUAUUAUGCCACCCCAAUUGCUAAUCUUACGCUCGCUGGCAAGGAAGCGGUACUCAAGAGUGUCAUCUCUCAAAUCGAGGACAUUGUUGUCAGCAAUCAAUUCACCACCAAUUGCUCCAAAUGCAUAGCUGGAUUGACGGUCGCCAAGACUGCAGCUCAAUUGGCACCUGAACUUGUCCCUGAUGCCAUGGUGUCUCUAUGCAAGCAAUUCAAGCUUCACAACAACGAGACCUGCGAGGAAGACUUUGAGGCCACCACCUUCGGAGCUAUCUGGACACAAAUUCUGGCAUUGGCUGAUGUGUCCGGUCUGGACGGUCAAUACAUCUGCAACAGAAUAUCUAGCAAUUUCUGCUCUAUGCCGACUACCAGUCCGCUGAAUACCACUGGGCUCUUCCCCAAGCCAAAGCCGAGCAAUUACACUAUUCCUAAGGCUAGUGGUAACCGUAUCAAGGUGCUUCAUAUGUCUGAUAUUCAUCUGGAUCCUCGUUAUGCUGUUGGUAGUGAAGCCAACUGCACAUCUGGUUUGUGCUGCCGUGCCAACAACUUCAACACUGCUCUCCCGACUGGUGAAAUCUCGCUUCCCGCACCUUACUACGGUGAUUUCAAGUGUGACAGUCCAUAUGGCUUGGUUCUCUCGGCUUUGGACUCUAUCGCUCCCCUCACUGGUACCAGCAAACAAAACCCCUUUGGUUUCAGUAUCUACACAGGCGAUCUAGUCAGCCACGAAAGUCAAAACGAACUCUCUAGAGCCUAUGUCGAGUACGCAGAACUCUCCAUCUACGACAUGCUCAAGAAGUUCAUGGGCAAAGCUCCAGUCUACGCGGUUCUCGGUAACCACGACACCAAUCCUGAAGCCAUCGAUGCACCCCACAGUCUCCCUGGAGACCUGGGUAUGCAAAUGUCUUGGAAUUUCGAUCAUGUCGCUGGACUCUGGCAUGAGAACGAUUGGCUAAAUGCCACUGCUGCCAAACAAGCACGUCUGCACUACGGCGCCUAUUCCAUCAAGACACCACAAGGCUUGCGUAUCAUCACUUUCAACACUGAUUUCUGGUACAAGUCAAACUUCCUAAAUUUGAUCGAUACACUCAACCCAGAUAAAUCCGGCAUGUUCGCCUGGAUGAUCGAAGAACUCCAAGCAGCCGAGGACGCCGGGGAAAGAGUUUGGAUCUUGGGACAUGUGUUGAGUGGCUGGGAUGGCACCAACCCCAUGCCCAACCCCACCAACCUAUUCUACCAAAUCAUUGACCGCUAUUCUCCGCACGUAAUCGCUAAUGUGUUUUUCGGCCAUACGCAUGAGGAUUUUGCGUACGUGUGGUAUGCUAACAAUGGCACUAACCAAUCCUCGGCGAACGCGUUGACGACUGCUUGGGUAGGACCCAGCAUUACGCCCCUCACAAACGUCAAUUCUGCGUUCCGGAGCUACACCGUUGAUACAGGCGAUUGGAACGUCUAUGAAGCAUAUACCUUCUACUCCGACGUCGAGUCCUUCUCUAGCCUCAACACUUCCGGCCCAACUUUUGAAUUCGAAUACAACACUCGAGAUACAUAUGGUCCUGGUAUCAAUUGGCCUGCUUCUGCACCUCUGAAUGCAACAUUCUGGCAUCAGGUCUCGGAGCAAGUGGAGAAGAAUACGACACUGGCGAGUUUGUUCAAUACGUAUCAGGGUAAGAGUAGUGUCAUGAGUCCCAACUGUACAAACAUUGCUUGUGCAAAAGCAAAGGCGUGUUAUAUGCGUAGCGGGAGUGUGGCGCUGGGGCAGCAGUGUCCUCAGGGGUAUGGUAGUGUGCAGAGCCCUUUCACUCCAUCCUCUAAGUAA